ACAGGCACACAAACUGUUUACUGACUCCGAGACAGAAGGGCAACUUAUGAAGAAAUACCCAGUGUCCUCGUGUUAUUGUCAAGAAGAAGUGUCACCUUGCAGAGACCGGCAGAGCUAAGGCGGCAUCAACCAGGUUCAUGAAGAACUCGUCUAUAGGAUUCAAGGACGGGCUGCGGGUCGCUCAUGAAGAUGAGAUGGUCCCUGAGACAUCAUGAUAAUGAAGAGAUGUACCAGGAAUAUAUUCUCAUGAGGUGAACCCCAGAAGGCCUUCACAAGAUGCUCCUGCUCUAUAUCCUGAUGCUCUCCUGCCUCUCCUCCCCUCUCCAAGGCACCAGCACUUACCGAAGUGGAGACAGAAAUCAGGUGGACUCAGUACCUCCAAAAUUUCUGCUGGAUCCAAUCCACCCUGUUAUUCUAACUCAAAGAGGAGCCACUGUCAUCCUUCCCUGCAUUCUGCGCAUGCGCCCACCGUUCUACAGGGUGAAAUGGAGCAAAGUCAAUCCAGCUGACCCUCUGGAGAACCUCAUAUUAAUCUCCAAUGGACGGCAUCACAAGAACUAUGACAGGCUGAAAGGUCGGGCUCGUCUCAGACGGAACCACCGUCUAGAUGCCUCCUUAGUGAUCACCAAUGUGACUCUAGAGGAUGAAGGACGAUACCGAUGUGAACUGGUGAAUGGUCUAGAAGAUCAAAGUUUAACUUUAUCAUUACAGUUGGAGGGGGCUGUCUUUCCAUAUCAGUCCAGUGGAGGACGCUACAAAUUCAACUAUGUGGAGGCCCGACAGGCUUGUGAGGAACAGGACGGCAGGCUAGCCACAUUUUCACAGCUUUACCAAUCAUGGACCGAUGGCUUGGACUGGUGCAAUGCUGGCUGGCUCAUAGAUGGGACUAUCCACUAUCCCAUAAUAAUCCCCCGUGAGCCAUGUGGGGGCAACCUCCCUCCUGGAAUACGCAGCUACGGCCCCAAGGACAAACUCAAGGACAAAUUUGAUGCCUUCUGCUUCACCUCCGCUCUGAGGGGCCGUGUCUUCUUUGUCCAUGGCCCUUUGAGCUACAAGGAAGCCAUUGAUACAUGCACAACCCACCAGGCCAAGAUCGCCAAGGUUGGCCACCUCUAUGCUGCCUGGAAAUUCUUCGGCUUGGAUCAUUGCGAUGGCGGCUGGUUAUCUGAUGGCAGUGUUCGUUUCCCCAUCACAGAACCUCGUGAAAAGUGCGGAGGACUUCCAGAUCCCGGGGUCAGGAGUUUUGGCUUCCCAGAUCAGGAGCAGCGACUGCACGGCGUAUAUUGUUAUAGGCCUUAGGGUUGACUUUUAUUUUUUAUAUCUGCUGGUGCUUUACUCCAUUGGUAAUUCUUUAACCCAACGAGAAGGAAUAUAUAGCAUAUUAAACAAGGUUUAAUGAUGUACUUGACUCUGGUUCUAAAAACCCUGCUCAGAUAC